AAGCGCGGUCCAACAUUCCGAUCAACAACGUUACAUACGCCCCAGGCCACGAUGUCGUCACUUUCGGCCAGUGCUGAAAAUUUAUCCAGUGAUCAGAACAACGAUGGUUCUUCGAUGUGCCUCGAGUUGGCGCUGGAAGGAGAACGGCUUUGCAAAUCGGGCGAUUGCCGGGCGGGUGUGGCCUUCUUCCAGGCCGCUAUCCAGGCCGGUACGGACGAUCUGCGUACGCUCAGUGCCAUCUACAGUCAGCUGGGGAAUGCAUACUUUUACCUCGGCGAUUACACGAAAGCCAUGCAAUACCACAAGCACGACCUCACGCUAGCACGGUCGAUGAACGAUCGAUUGGGCGAGGCGAAAUCAUCCGGCAACUUGGGCAACACGCUGAAGGUAAUGGGCCGUUUCGAUGAGGCGGCCAUCUUCUGCCAGCGCCACCUGGCCAUCGCCCGUGUCCUUGAGGAUCGACUUUCGGAGGGGCGCGCACUGUACAAUCUCGGCAAUGUGUAUCACGCCAAGGGUAAGCAGCUGGGCCAGAAAGAUCCGGGUGAAUUUUCGUCCGAGGUGCAGGAUUCGCUGCUCAAGGCGGUCGACUUUUAUCAGCAAAAUUUACGGUUGAUGCGCGAGCUGGGGGAUCGUGGCGCACAGGGACGUGCGUGCGGUAAUCUCGGCAAUACGUACUAUCUGCUCGGACAGUUUGAGACGGCCAUCGAGCAUCAUCAGGAGCGGUUAAGAAUAGCGCGCGAGUUUGGUGAUAAGGCGGCGGAACGGCGCGCAAACAGUAAUCUGGGCAAUUCUCACAUCUUUCUCGGUCACUUCGAGCAGGCAGCUAAUCAUUACAAGCGCACCUUAUCAUUAGCGAUCGAGCUGGGUGAGCGAGCGGUCGAAGCGCAAGCGUGCUACAGCCUUGGCAAUACGUACACACUGUUGCGCGAUUUCCCCACGGCGAUCGACUAUCAUCAGCGGCAUCUGGCUAUUGCGCAGGAGCUGGGUGAUCGCAUCGGGGAGGCACGUGCCUGCUGGAGCCUUGGAAAUGCUCACACAUCGAUCGGAAACCACGAGAAAGCGCUACAUUACGCCAAUUCGCACUACCUGCUGGCGAAGGAGUUGGGCGAUAUGGUAGGCGAAAAUACGGCCAGCAUGAACAUAUCCGAUCUGCGCCGUAUGCUAGGUCUUCCGGAGCUGUACAAUGCGGACAGUGCAGCGAGCGAUGCGGUUGCCCAUACUGCUGUCAGCCAUAUGAAGGGAUCAUCAGAGGGAGCUGAAAAUGACACAGGACCGUUGCACCACGGCCAGCAAUCGAUGAUGCAUGGUCAAACACAGGCAGCAGCGAAGGUAGCGUCCCUAGCGGCAAGCAAACAGCAUCGCUUACGUCGGCAGAGCAUGGAGCAGCUAGACCUAAUUAAGCUAACGCCGGAUGGCAAAAAGCUGGCACAGCAUAAUAACGUGCAGGAAAAUCAAACCGCCAAUGCGCAGGUCCCACCGUCCCAACCGUCGAAGGUGAAAAAAAGCGAAAACAGCUUCAAGAACAACGACGAGGAUUUCUUCGAUUUAUUAACACGAUCGCAGAGCAAGCGUAUGGAUGAUCAGCGCUGCACGCUGAAGCUAACGCAUGCAGAAAGUGUUGAUUCGGCACGGAAACCUCUGACGCAACAUAACAGCAACAACCCACCGGCGGGCAAAGAGAACAGGAACGUACUUCUGGAAAUGAUUGCACAUUUUCAAUCAGAACGAAUGGAUGAACAACGAGCACUGUUGCCGGGCUUGAAGCGAAUAUCGCUCGACAAUGCCAACAAUAUUAGCCGUCCCACAAACAACAACGAGUCGUCGUCGACACCCGGGUCGACCACACCGAAAGAUACGGUUACUCUCGGUACACCGCCGGACGAUGCAUUCCUGGAUAUGUUGAUGAGAUGUCAGGGUUCACGGAUUGAGGAGCAACGGUCCGAGCUGCCAACGCCAAAUAUAACGCUCGACGCGGAAGCGAGCGAUGUGCCGGUCGUCGCACCGGCGAAAUCAACCUCGAACAGUGGUGCAACCGUGCCGGAUGAGGAUUUCUUUUCGCUUAUCAUGCGCCUCCAGGGUGGCCGCAUGGAAGAUCAACGUGCCACCGUACCGCUGAACAACAAUCCGAAUCGUGGUGGAUCGGCACCAGGCAACCAGCCGCCAACCCAACACAAUCAUUCCGAUAGCAGCAACAGUCAUAAUGGUGGCAGUGCCAUUAACAAUAACGGUGGUUCGAACAGUGCCACCAACAGUAGCAACGUCGCGAACGGGAAUGCUCAAAGCGGCAGCAACAACGGCAGUACCGGUGGAAGUAGCAGCGUUGGGAAAAGUUUAAAAUGAUUUUACUCAUUCGAUCGUUAGU